AUGGAUAGUUUGCCUAAGCGCGACGCAAACUACGUCCCUUUGAGCCCCAUCACGUUCCUGCAGAGGGCUGCCUCUGUCUAUGCGGACCGCACCUCGCUUGUGUACGGCAACACCAUCUUCACCUGGCGGCAGACAUACGAGCGCUGCUGCCGGCUCGCCGCCGCCCUACAACAACUCGGCGUCAUGAAGAAGGACGUCGUGUCCGUUCUUGCGCCCAACACGCCGGCGCUAUACGAGAUGCACUUCGCCGUGCCCAUGGCCGGCGCGGUGCUCAACGCCAUCAACACGCGACUGGACGCCACCGCCGCAGCUGGCAUCAUCAAGCAUGCCGAUCCCAAGCUUCUUUUCGUGGACUACCAGUACAUGUGCCUGGCUACCGAGGUACUUAAAGGCAUUAGGGACGGCGAGGCGGCUGGCAGUAUCUCACCAUUGCUUGUGGUAAUCGACGACCUCAACAAGCCGGAGGAAACGAGAAUAGGCGAGCUCCACUACGAGCAGUUGGUGGAAAGGGGCGACCCAGAGCAGCGACCACCGCGCUCCGUCGACGACGAGUGGGACGCUAUCACGCUCAACUACACCUCCGGCACGACAAGCUCGGCUCUCAAGGGCGUCGUGUACAGCCACCGUGGCGCGUACCUGAGCACCGUGGGCCUCCUACUCCAGUGGGGGGUCGGGAGCGAGCCCGUGUACCUAUGGUCACUCCCCAUGUUCCACUGCAAUGGGUGGACCCUGACGUGGGGCGUGGCUGCGCGGGGCGGCGUCAAUGUCUGCAUCCGUACGCCGGCGGCUGACGACAUGUACGCUGCCUUGUCUGCCCACGGUGUUACGCACAUGUGCGGGGCGCCGGUGCUACUUAACAUCCUUGUGGAGGCACGCCGAGAACCGUUACUCCACGCCGUGGAGGUGCUAACUGGUGGCGCGCCGCCACCGGCGGCGCUUCUCGAACGCGUCGAGCGGCUGGGCUUCAACGUCACGCACGCCUAUGGCAUGACGGAGGCCACUGGCUCUGCCAUGGUUUGCGAGUGGCGAGAGCGGUGGAACGCCCUGCCAACAUCCACGCGCGGGCGCCUCAAGGCUCGGCAAGGGGUGAGCGCGCUCUCCCUCGCGGACGCCGCCGUCGUGAACAACAUCGACACCAUGCAGAGUGUGCCCAGGGACGGCACCGCCCUUGGCGAGAUCAUGCUCCGCGGCAACAGUAUCAUGAAAGGGUACUAUAAGGAUACCGCCGCAACGGCGAGCGCGUUUCGCGGUGGGUGGUUCCUGACGGGUGAUGUAGGUGUGGUGCACCCGGACGGAUACGUUGAGAUCAAGGACCGAUCCAAGGACGUGAUCAUCUCCGGCGGCGAGAACAUCAGUAGCGUCGAUGUGGAGAUGGCGUUGUACCAGCACCACGCGGUGCGGGAGGCGGCGGUAGUGGCCAUGCCGCAUCCGCACUGGGGCGAGACGCCGUGCGCAUUUGUGGCGCUGGAGCCGGGGUUCUCCUGCCUUGGCGAGGUCACGGAGGAGGACAUUAUCUUGUUCUGCCGUGAUAAAAUGCCGCAUUUCAUGGUGCCGCGGAAGGUUGUUUUCGUGGACAAGCUGCCGACGAACUCCACGGGGAAGGUGCGGAAGAUUGAGCUGCGCCAGAGGCUGCACGGAUGUAGCCAAAGUGCUCCGGGUGACAGCAGGCCCGGCUCGGCUUUGGCCGGCAAAGCCAGGCUUUGA